UUUUUUUUUACCUCUCCAAUCAUCUAUCCAUUCUUCCUUCUAUUUCAAUUGAUCCCGAUGCGAUUAGGACUCCUCCUGCUCUCGACCCCCCGAGUCCGUUUUUCUUUCUUGUGCAACAAACAUGCCAUCAUCAGAUCCAUCAAUUCCGUAUUCUCCAACAAGUCGUAUUGGUCGUGUUAUAUGCAACCUCCUCUGCCGCUCGUAUCUCCAAAUAAAUCCCGGACUGGAAGCUUUCGUUGUUACGCAUAGGUCCGUCUGCCAUCGCCCCGACUUCCGCCACAGCGCAUCGGGUCUUCAGAUAGGGUUACCCAGCAGCUACUAUGUCGUCGGGGUCUUUCUUGGAUAGAGAUCCAUGCCCAGACCGCAUCCUCGAUGAUGCUGGCGGGGCUUUCGGCAUGGGUCUUGUAGGUGGUUCUGCCUUCCACUUCCUCAAGGGCCUCUACAACUCGCCCAAUGGCGCACGGAUUGUUGGCGGUAUGCAGGCCGCGCGCAUGAACGCCCCACGACUCGGCGGGAGCUUCGCCGUCUGGGGCACCCUCUUCUCCACCUUCGACUGCACCACGGUCUACGUGCGCCAAAAGGAGGACCCCUGGAACUCCAUCAUUGCUGGUGCCUCAACUAGCGGGCUCCUUUCCUUGCGCAAGGGCCUCAGAUCCACUGUUGGAGGUGCCAUCGUUGGCGCUGCCUUCCUCGCAGGUAUUGAGGGCGCUGGCAUCGUAAUCAACACCUUCCUUGCCAAGCAGCAGAACACCCCACCGCUCCCUGCCGACGACCCCAAUGUUACCAUUGCUACAGGCCUACCUCAGGCGCAUGGGUCCUAUACUGACCUCUCAGGCUCGAGCAGCAGCUUCCCAGGCCUUCCCCAACUACCCGUGUACCCUACUGAGGUUGCAAGCUCGAGUGUUAGCGGUAGCUGGUUUGGCAGUCUAUUUGGUAAGGAGGAGAAGAAGAAGGCUAGUAGCACUAGGGGCACAUCGGAGAUAUUGGAGAGCUUUGAUACGCCCAGCCCUCCAAUACCAUCGUUCGACUACAAGUGAAAAAGGUGUGGUUUUUUUUAGUUCCAAUCUGAAUGAUAAUGUUGAGAAAAGUGCUAUCUUAGGAUUCCACAAAGACUUGGAUUUCUUAUUGCCCAGUUCAUGGACAUAGGGAUUUCUCCGCGUGUGCUGUUAAUUUCUCUUCUAUUUGGCAUUCCUUGAUAAAAUGUGGUUUCUUUUCUGUUUGGUGAUGUAAAGGAUCAAAAUAUAGUCGUUGGCGUGACCACAUAAGAGUAUUUAGGCUUUCAUAUUUUUUCUCCUAGUAUAUGGAUGAUAUUGUUUGGACAAUGUGUCUAGUGGAUGAGAAUUGUGUCGUCGUUAAUUUGUUUUAUGCCACUUUAGUUUUAUUUGUAUCCUAUAUUUUACAAAGUUCUUAUUUAUCUUGAAGCUGAGUGAGUCAGAACAUCCCAAUUUUUGACUAGUUCUGCAUGGAUCAUUAUGUUUAUAACCUACAAUAGCUGCAACUGUUGACAUAUUCUGCUUCUGUUAAUCGAGCCUAAAUACUUGUAUAAAAGUUCUAAGGUUGUAUUAUCGGCUAGAAAAGCUGAUGCUUGUAGGUUCAGACCAUGCAUUUGAUCACAUAAUGAUCUAUGACUUCAGUGCAUUACUUUGGACUUCUUAGUGAUGAGUAAUUUUUGGGUUGCCCAUUUAUAAGCUGGUUGUUCAAGUGGCCGAGGAAACAUAACACAAAAUCAAGCAUUUGCAAAUAACACAAAAUCAAACAUUGUUGUACUCUUUAUGGACAUGGUCAUAAUUUUGUCAAGAAUAUUUGGCCUGGUUUGCUUUUAUCAUGUAAUAAGAUGGUAAUAAUUUUGUGAAGAAUAUUUAUGUCGUGGUUUCAUUAAAACAUGGGAAACAUUAUUUUGUAGUCCUGGGCGCCAUGGCCCUAUUUAGUUGAAUUGUCAGGUAAUGAGUUCUGACAUACCUGUUAAGGUUCUUGGAGUCGUUUUAACCAUGAAAAUAUCUUGCUCUGCAUGCCAAUCUUUUAUACGAUCUCCGGGAUUGAUUGCUCCACUCUUUAACAACUGAAAUAAUCUCUCCAGGACAUGCCCCUUGGCUGCCUAAUAGAACUCGAAAACAAAAUAUACAUGUCUUACCUCGUGAUUAAAUAACUACGUAUAAAAUCUUAUGCAGGUAGCAGGAAUGGCUCACAUAUAUGUAACAUAAAUUGAAUUUUUUGAUUUCAAGUUUUAACAAUAGAGAAGUACUAAUAUACAUGACACGGUACUAAAUUAGCUGAUUUUUGUUCGUUAUUUAUAGGAUCAGUUAUGUCAGCACUCAGCUCUCAGCUGAGUGAUUUCUUUAUUCUUGAUCCAUGGUCCUUGCUCUUGAACUGUACAUUUAGGGUGUGUUUGGUAGCCCGGGCCAAUGGAGAAUUGCAAUCUGCCCUCAUACAAGCUGGCUCCAUCUUGGUUGGGCUCAGAUUUUCUUAUGUGUUUGGUGUCUCGGGCCAAGGAAGAUAUGCUGAGUGUGUCACUUGUUUGGCAGGUUGUGUGUGGUGAGCCUAGCUGAGAGGUUGAAAAUUUGCACAAAGCCCCUGCAUACCAAAAUGAAACAUAAUCACGUCCCUGUAUAUAAAAUAAAAAAUAAAAAGCGAUCGGGUCCGUGUAAACAGAAAAUAAAAGCAAUCGGGUACCUGAAAAACGCAAUCGGGUCCUGUAGGUCCGGUGAGCCAGCUCCGGCGAGGGAGCUCCGGCGACGCGCGUCGGGCGAGGCAGCUGCGGCGAGGCGCGGAUGACCCUGUCUGGUCGAGUUUGGUCGAGAAGCUCAGGCGAGGGAGCGACAGCGAGGCAACUACGGCGACGCGCGGUGCGUCGAGGUAACUACGGCGUCGCGCGUGCGUCGAGGUAACUGCGGCGAGGCGCGUACGACGCCGGCUAGUCGAGCUCGGUGGAGGAGCCUGGGGCCCGUCUGGUCGACCUUGACCGACGCGUCUAGGAGGAUCUCCGGCAAGGCGCGUCCGGGAGGAGCAGUUGUCCGACGCGUCGAGGCGUGGAGGAGGGAGUUCGUCGGCGUCCAUGCGUGGAGGAGGAGGAGUUCGCCGGCGUCCCGCGUGGAGGAGAAGCGGUCGGCGGAGGCGUGGAGAAGGAGCGA